AUGUUUUUGAAGGCGGACAUAGGGAAAAAAGUCCCCCCAGCGAGGGUCUAUCGGCCUGAUUAUGUAGUUCUGAUGGAGCCCCCUUUGAGCAAGAGGAACCCGCCAGAGCUGAGAUUAGCGGAUUUGGCAACGGCUAAGGCCCAGCCGCUUCAGAAUAUGACAGGCUUCCCGGCGCUGGGGAGCCCGCCCGCCCACUCCCAACUCCGCGGCACCGCCGCGCACCUCCACCCGCGGGACCUGGGCACUGACCCCGGCGUGGCUAUCUCUCCGCUCCGGCCCGAGCACAUGGCCCAGGCGAGCGCGCUCAGCCUCAGCCCUCCCUCCCAGGCGCUCCCGGCGCAGUCCGAGGCCCCCGCGGCCGCCGCCAGCGCUGCAGCCACGGUCGCACACACCGGCGCGGGCACCUACCCCGACAGCGGGGGCAGCAGCUGCGCGCAGCCCUCUCCGCCCCCGCCCCCAGCCCCUCCUCUUCCUCCCUCCCCUUCUCCCCCUCCUCUUGCCCUCUCGGACUACACCACCACCAACAGUGGCGGCGGCGGCAGCAGCGGCAAAGGCCACAGCAGGGACUUCGUCCUCCGGAGGGACCUUUCCGCCACGGCCCCCGCGGCGGCCAUGCACGGGGCCCCGCUCGGAGGGGAGCAGCGGUCCGGCACCGACUCCCCCCAGCACCCGGCCCCGCCUCCCCACUCCGCCGGCAUGUUCAUCUCUGCCAGCGGCACCUACGCGGGCCCGGACGGCGGAGGCGGCGGGGGCCCAACGCUCUUCCCUGCGCUGCACGACACUCCGGGGGCCCCUGGCGGCCACCCGCACCCGCUCAACGGCCAGAUGCGCCUCGGGCUGGCGGCGGCAGCGGCAGCCGCGGCGCCGCCCGCGCAGCACCCGCACCAGCACCACCCCCACCUCCCAGGGGCGGCCGGGGCCUUCCUGCGCUACAUGCGGCAGCCAAUCAAGCAGGAGCUCAUCUGCAAGUGGAUCGACCCCGACGAGCUGGCCGGGCCGCCACAGCCACCGCCCCCGGCCGGCGGCGCCAAGCCCUGCUCCAAAACUUUCGGCACCAUGCACGAGCUGGUGAACCACGUCACGGUGGAGCACGUGGGCGGCCCGGAACAGAGCAGCCACGUCUGCUUCUGGGAGGACUGUCCGCGCGAAGGCAAGCCCUUCAAGGCCAAAUACAAGCUCAUCAACCACAUCCGCGUACACACCGGCGAGAAGCCUUUCCCCUGCCCCUUCCCGGGCUGCGGCAAGGUCUUCGCGCGCUCGGAGAACCUCAAGAUCCACAAGCGCACUCAUACAGGGGAAAAGCCUUUUAAAUGUGAAUUUGAUGGCUGCGACAGGAAGUUUGCCAACAGUAGUGAUCGAAAGAAACAUUCCCAUGUCCACACCAGUGACAAACCCUACUACUGCAAGAUUAGAGGCUGUGACAAAUCCUACACUCACCCGAGCUCUCUGAGGAAGCACAUGAAAAUUCACUGCAAGUCUCCACCACCUUCUCCAGGAACCCUUGGUUACUCUUCAGUGGGGACUCCAGUGGGUGCCCCCUUGUCCCCUAUGCUGGAACCAACCAGGAGUCGCUCCAGCACUCUGUCCCCUCAGGUCACCAACCUCAAUGAGUGGUAUGUUUGCCAGGCCAGUGGGGCCCCCAGCCACCUUCACGCACCUUCCAGCAACGGAACCACCUCUGAGUCUGAAGAUGAGGAAAUUUAUGGGAACUCUGAAGUUGUGCGGACUAUACAUUAA